CAAGGAAUGAUACUAAAAGCGGGUGCAGCUAAGAUCCGAGUCCUUCUACCAGUUCUUGGAUUCGUAUGUUUCCUUGUUUUCCAGUUCCUGAAAUCAGAUGAUGAUGCUGUCACAGAUGUUAACACUUUCCUAAGAACGAGACUUUCAAAACUGGUGGAUGCUUUUGAUGAGAACCAUGACGGUGUUCUCAACAACGAUGAGUUGUUAUCGUGGUUCUACAUGGUAGACAUGGGAGACAAGGCAAACGAACUGAAGGUGACAUGGGAGGGAGCUGACCGUGAUGGGGACGGGCACAUCACCCUCAACGAAUACUUAGAGCAAGUCGGCUUUUUAGCGGACGACCCAAGUUUUGUAAAAGCGACAAGACGGAGGUUUCUAAGCGUCGACAAAGAUCGAAAUGAUAUGCUGAGCAAAGAAGAGUUUGCUAUAUUCUUAUUUCCUGAGCUUUCUCCUGAAAUGACGCACACUCUGUACGACGAGGAAAUGGCGGAUCGCGACGCGAACCAUGACAACCACCUCUCCCUGCACGAAUAUCUGGGUCUCACCGAGGAGGAGCUAGCUGACCAGGAGCGACAAUUCACUGUCCAGCAACACGUGGACUACUUUCGCGCGCAUCUUGACACCAACCACGACGAUAUCCUUAACCCUGACGAGGUUUUAGCGUGGGUUUCAGAUGAUAAGAGACAUUUGAGGGUGAAAGCGGAGAAGGUGAUGCAGACGGUGGAUAAGGAUAGGAAUGGGGUGUUGAGUAUUGAAACUGAGAUUACAAGUGAUGUGAAGUAUUUUUCAGAGCAUGAAUUGACGAGGUAUGGUGAUAUGCUGCUUUACCAGGAUGAACUUUAGUUUUAAAAUAUGUGCAAUUAAUUGAUUGAUUAUUUCGAAUUAAUAAGUCUGGAUAAUAGAUGAUAAUUUUGUUGUUUUUUGUAAAUAACUUCAGGUAGAUUGGAUGUUGAUAAUUUAUUUCACUCAGAUUAAUGUUUUUGUGACAGUGUCACAAUGUAGAUUGUAUUGUCAUGGUGUCCUGACUUUAGUGUAUAUACGAUGUUUUGCGGUAAGUAC